UGGAUCCACACUGUGGCGUGGGAACGAAAAUACCUGGAUCUGCCGCGAAUAAACGAUCAUUUCAGGAAAUGGUGAACUGGUACAGUUCGCGAACGACACAUCUUGAAUUUUUACUGUUUGUAACAAUUCUUAACACGUUGUUUUGACAGUGAGUGGUGGGAUAUAAUAUUUGGGAAGUUAUUACCUUAGUUGUAUUUAACCUACCUGCUUUUGUUUAAUUAUGUCGAAAAAAUCUGGUGUGGUAGGGUCAGUGAUUGAAGAAAAGCGCGUCAGCAACCGUAUCAAUAGAGACCAGACAUGCCCUAUGCUGCUGAGAAUAUUUGUUAGCUCUGGGAGGCAUAAUUCAGUGAAUGAUUUUUCUAGAGGAAGAGUUCCUGGUAAUGAGUUUCAAGUGCAUACAUGGAUGGAUGUUACUCUGAAAGAAUUGACUCAAUUAAUUCAAGUUGCUGAUAAAGAAACUCGACGUAAAGAUACAUAUUUUGAUUUUGCUUUGGUGUUUCCAGACACUAGAGGUACAGGCUAUCGAAUGCGGGAUAUUGGAUCUACUUGUUCAGGACAAAAAGGAGCUGAUGAUGAAAAAACUCUUACAUCAUGUCGGUUUCAGCUCGGAGAUUAUUUGGACAUAGCAAUAACACCUCCAUCAAAUCGACGAGAACCAGCUACAUAUCGACGAAGAUAAAAUGAUUUUCGCAAUUCUUUGUUAAAUUUACAAAUAUUUUCUGUGUAUAUGUAACUAAAAAUAUAUUUCAUUAAAGAUCCCUUUUUAAAACGCAGUAUUUACCUCGUUUUAUUUGUAAAUGUGUUCAAAUAAAUGAAUAAAAAGUG